CGGGCACGAUCUCGUCGCUAGCGGGGCUGAGGUUCCUGAGCUGGGGUCGCUUGAGGAUCCCUUGAGAUCCUAGGGACCCAGAAAAGCACCGGUUGCUGCUUGUAAUCCUGAGGAUCGGGAUCGGAUCUGAGGGCCAGCCAACAUGGAUGCUAUCAGCCAAUCCCCUGUGGAUGUCCUGCUUCCCAAGCACAUCCUGGACAUUUGGGCCAUAGUCCUCAUCAUCUUGGCUACCAUUGUCAUCAUGACCUCCUUGUUCCUGUGCCCGGCCACUGCGGUCAUCAUCUAUCGAAUGCGGACUCAUCCAGUUCUCAACGGGGCUGUCUGAGACUCUUGAAGGCGGGAUGGCGCGUGACGAGGGCAGGGGUCUCGUCCCUAGACAGUGGGGAGACCCAGGAGCUGCAAUUGUGCUUUAGCUUUGAUUCUGCGGUGUAGAUGUGACCAAGGGACCUAACCCUGUGAGUCCCAAGCUCCUUAGCUUUCAGCUAUGGGUCAUGACCCCUGUCUUCCUACCUCAUAGGCUGUGAGAACCACGUGACAGUGUGGGGGCGGAGCUGUUUGUGAGCAGAGAAGCUACACAGACAUUGUGAGAUGAGAAACUUUGAAGAACCAAAGACCCCUGAAGCUGCUAAUGUUAACGGAGGUGAGGGGACUGGGAAAGAGGAGCUCGGGCCAGUGCUCCUUAGCCGAACCAAGCAAAGUGGUGCACCCCAUCUUCAGCAAAGCAGACUCUUUUUUUUUUUUUUUUUUUAAAGUGACACUCCUAUUUUUCUCAGUUUGGGAGAAAGUAAUUAUGGGAGUGGAUAAUGAGAGAUGAGCAUAAGUUUCAGAAAGCUUAUGCCAAUCCCUGCUCCUGAAGGAGGGCUUUGCCGUUAUGUACCAGUGCUGACAAAGUUGGCGAGAUGGCCUGCUUUCUUCGCUGAGCCUCACAUCUGUUAGCGCUGACUCUCAGCCAUUAGAAAUGCAGGGUGGCUGAGUUUUCUGCCCAGCAUUUCAGCUCCUUUACGUGCCCCACAGUAGAGGAUUUCCCUCUGAGCUUUGUUGCUUUUAGCUUCAAGCUUUGGUUAUUAAUAUUUUGUGGCACUGGAGAUGGAACUUUGGUCUCCAACAUGCUGGGAGAGGAUUCCACCACUGAGCUAUUGCCCAAUCCUUCAUGCUGGGAGAGGAUUCCAUCACUGAGUGACAGCCCAGCCCUUCAUGCUGGGAGAGGAUUCCACCACUGAGCUACAGCCCAGUCCUUCAUGCUGGGAGAGGAUUCCACCACUGAGUUACAGCCCAGUCCUUCAUGCUGGGAGAGGAUUCCACCACUGAGUGACAGCCCAGCCCUUCUAGCCUCCGCAGCUGUUUGAAGUACUUAUUAUUUUAAGAGAUUUCCCAGGACUUUUGAACUCGGCUUCAAACAACGAUGGUUAUUUUAGAUGUUAUGAUUUAUAUUUAUAGAGAGAUAUUUCUAAACUACUAAAGCUCGCCCUUUGAUACCAGAGUCAGGGGCAUUUUGGGAUUUUUUUUUUUGUUAUGUAAGAAGAUAGCAUAGAUAUUAGGAUAAUAUGUCAAAUGAUGCUUACUCUGAUCUUCGUUGAUGUAUAUAUCCAGUUUCCAAUAAAUGUCAUACUGAGCA